CAGCAGCAGCAACGGGCGCAGCAGCAGGCGCACCUUCUUCAGCAGCAGCAGCUCCAGAAGCAGCAGGCCAACCAGCUUGCCGAGCAGCAGCGCCGGGCCCAGCAGGCGGCGAGACACCUGACCCAGAUGCAGGAAGCCGCUCUCCAGGAGCGUUCUGAUCGCCAACGUCUUGCCCUCGAGCAGGCCCAGAGGGAGCAGCUACGAGAGCGCGAGCUGCGGGCUUCCUCCGCCGCUCGCGAUCAGGCCCAACAGCACCAGGCGCAGCAGCAGCAGCAGCUCCUGCUACAGCAGCAGGCACAGCAGAGGAGGAGGCUCCAGCUGUUCGAGCAGCAGCAGCUGGCGGAGGCAGUGCGCGCGGAGAUGCAGCAGCAACAGCCGGGGGGUGGCUCGUCAUCGUCAUCGACGGCCCAACACCAGCAGCUGCAGCAGCAACAGUUGCAGCUGCAGCAACAGCAACAGCAGCGCCAGCAGCAGCUCCAGCAGCUCCACCGCAUGCAGCUGCAGCAGCAGCAACAGCAGCAGCAGCUGCAGGCGGCUGCGGCCGCGGAGGCUGCUGCAAGCGAAGCGGCCGAGGCUAGGGAGGCGGCUGCGGCGGCUGCGGCUGCGGCGGCGGACGCGGCUCGCGGGGGGGCCGGCGGAGGAGAAGGGGGGUCGGGGUGGUUCUACCUAGACCCGCAGAAUCGCAUCCAGGGGCCGUUCGACGGGUCGGAGAUGAGGCAAUGGUUCGAGGCAGGCUAUUUCCAGGUGCUUUCUUCUAUUCUCACUGAUGCUUGUACGUUCAUGUGA